AUGCAUCCCAGAGGACAACGCCCGUAUUCGUACAUCGAUUCCACCUGUCUGACGGGCUGGCGUCUUUCGAUCGCCCAGUGCCUUUCGCACUUUGUCGCCACAUCGAUCGUCGCUCUCCUGGUCGCCAACUCGUUCGUCGAAGACUUUGUCAACCUCCUGCGGCUCGACACUUGGCAGCGCAGCCCGCUCUCAGCCGAUCUUCUCGAGCCUGUUGGCCAAGCCAAGUUGGCCGAUUCCGAGUCGCCUGACGACUCCAGAACGCUCCCCAGGCGUGUUUCGCAGAAGAACUUGCGCCGAAAGCGUUCCCGACUGAGCCUGGAUGAGCGCGCCGGUUUGUCGCAGCCGUCCGCUGCUGGCUCCCAGCCCGAUACUCGCCGAGCCACGCCCGACCCGCACUACUACAUCCAGGAGCAGGGGUUCCAUUCGUCACAGUACUGGGCCGAAACCGAGGACGGGUUUCUCCUCAGCAUCCAGCGUAUCGUUGCCGCGCGGCGUCGCUCAAGAUCAUAUAAAGGCACGGUGCUGCUGAUGCAUGGCCUGUUCCAGUCGUCUGGCGUCUACAUCACCAACCAGAGCGAUUCUCUGGCAUUCUACCUCGCUCGCGAAGGAUACGACGUCUGGCUGGGCAAUAACCGCUGCGUCGAGAAACGCCAUCGAACUCUGACCCCCAGCGAUGUUGGCUUCUGGGACUGGUCGCUCGAGGAUCUGGCCCGCUAUGACUUUCCGUGUCUAGUCAAGUUUGUGGUCAACCAUAGCGGCGCAGACACCAUCACGUACAUUGGACAUUCUCAAGGAAACGCUCAGGCUUUCCUGGGUCUGGCUUUAAGCCCUGAGGUCGCAAAACAUCUCAAGUGCUUCAUUGCCCUUGCUCCGGCCGUGUAUAUUGGCUCCCUUCUGCAACAAGGUCCCAUGGCGCUCUUGACCAACUGUCCUUCGCGCCUGUUCCGCCGCAUCUUUGGGAUCAAGCAGUUCCUGCCGAUCAUGGAUGUUGUCCAAAACUAUGUCCAUGCGCCUGCCUUUGCGGCUGUUGCGUACCACAUGUUCCACUACCUGUUCCACUGGUCGGACAGGAACUGGCCCAAGGGCGGCAACCACAAGCCCAUCUAUUUCCAGUUCACGCCUCGGCCCUGCAGCUCCAAAUCGAUCCUCCACUGGGGCCAGAUCUCGCGGGCCGGCGUCCUUCAGCCGUUCAUCCCAGUCGUCGAAGACUCGACCGUCAUUACCAAGAGCGUGCACCAAAUCCAAGUCAAGCCGUCGCCCUCGGAGGACAGAGCGUCCGCGACUGCGCGGUCUGGCAGCACCGGCCACCACAAGACCGACUCCAAGAUAUCCAUCGACUCCUUCGACGAUGACGACAGCGGAGUGCCCUCGUCGCUUUCAGGCGCCAAGGCUUGGGACUUUUCGACCAUCCACUGCCCGCUUGCCAUCUUUUACGGCACCAAGGACAAGAUCGUCGACGGCGAGCGGCUCUCAAUCGAUGCCAUCCAAGAUGCGCUGGACUCGGGACGAAUCCGGAAAACGUUCCGUCUCGAGGGCAUGGAGCAUAUGGAUCCGAUCUGGGCCGUCGAUGCCAAGACCCGGGUGUUUGCCAAGUGUAUCAAGUUCAUCGAGUCGCUAUAG